AUGGCGCUUUGUUUGGCUAUUUCUCUUAUUGCUCGUCAAGACUUUGUUGCAUAUGAUCAAUUAGUUCGAUACAAGUGGUGGUAUCAACAUGGUUACAUGUCAUCGACUGGUCAUUGUUUCGACAUUGGGGCAGCAUCUAAAGAUUCCAUCGUAGAAUUUGAAAAACGCCAGAAAAUGUUUUCACAGAAACAUAACAUUCCUUUAGAUCAAAUAGACUUUUUGUCUGAUCGUGAUCUUAUUGAAGCAUUCAACGUCGAAUGUAGUCGAAAAGGUGUGGCCGGGAACGGAGCUCUGAUGCGUCUCGUGCCUGUACCAAUCUUCUUCUUUCGAGAUCCGGUAAUCGCUGUGGAAUAUUCGGGCGUAAGUGGCAAAAUCACUCAUGGAGAUGACAAAGUUUAUGAUGUUUGUUGUUACUAUGGGGCUCUCAUCAUAGCUGCCUUUAAUGGUAUAAAGAAAGAAAAAUUGCUUAGCGAGAAAUUUUACGAUAAUCAUUUGGAAUGGUUCGGUGGUCGAACUCUUCAUCCUGAAGUCAUGGCAAUUGUUCAAGGAUCGUAUAAAACAAAAGCAGGUGGCUACAAAGAUGGAAUUCGAGGAAAAGGAUACAUUAUUAAUGCUCUAGAAGCUGCCUUGUGGGCAUUUUGGACUGAUAACGACUGUUUCGAGAAAGGUGCACUUAAUGCAGUUAAUUUGGGUGAUGAUACAGACACAACAGCAGCUAUUUACGGUCAAUUGGCUGGUGCUUACUAUGGAUACGAGAAAUUGCCAACAAAAUGGUUGGAUUCUAUCUAUGCCAAGAAUUUUCUUCUUUGUGUGAGCAGUUGGAUUGCCUACGAAGGAGAAAAAUGGUCCAUAAACCAGAAGGCUCCAGAUACAGACCAUCUAAUAACAUUUUCUAAUGGUACUUUCUUCAAAUCGAUGGUGACUUCCUCUGUAGAACUGAUGCAAAAUCUUGUUAUGAAGCCUAAAACUUCAUUGACUCAAUAUUUGACGUCGAACACAAUUCUACGCAAGGCAAUCGAUUCCUCCGGUCAUAUCGGAUAUUUCUAUGACGGAUGGCAAGAUAGUAUUAUAAAAUCACCCAAUAUUAGUUUGAUUAUCAAUGAAGAUUCUUCGUAUCCACCAAUAAAAUGUGUCAUAAAAAGUGGCAAGAAACUUGAGAAUCGAAAUAUCCUCCGACGCAUUGAUUUUCCCGGUGACCUCCGAUUGAGUGUGUUAUCCAAUUUAGUUAAACCGGCGGGUAUUGCUUUAGUUGUUGAUUAUCCAUUUGAAAUCGAUGAAUGCACUCGCAUUUUCUAUUAUUCUUACUUGGUUCGAAAAGAAGCCGUAAUUGACGAGAAGAGCAUUCAAAAACAAGAACCAUACAAAAUUCCUGCCACUCACAUCAUCACCGCAAUGGAUUCGGGUAUUGAUGUUUUGGUUUUAAUGACAUUACCGGCUGAUGAUCCGGAAGCUAUCGAUGCUAGUCUCGAUCAAAUACGUCACUGCUUGAAGCAUGGGACUCAGCUAACGGUUGAUGAAAAUGUAUUGAAUCGAAUUACUCCGACAUACGUUUAUUCAAAUGUGCCUCAUUUAGCCAAACAGACUAAAAUAACUGAUGUGUACCGAGAAAUAUGUAGAAUAAAAAAUACUCUAACUGAACAUCAGCCCUGCAACUAUAUUCUUACUCCCAUUAGAAAUUUUUGCUCUGGGCACAACCAACAGAAUACCAAAUUUGUUCCAAUCGAACCAAGAAUCACAACAAGAAUUGAAGACUAUUGGCUUCGAUUUUCAACUUUCAUCAAAAUAUGGACAAUAUUUGAAAACAAGGCAAAGUCAGAUGUUUGGCAAACUGAUCUUAAGGAACAGUUCGGCAAGGUACGUGAAAUAGUCUCAGAAUUAAUGAACCAAUAUGACAAGCAAAAGAAACAAGCCCAAAGUUGGAUUAAACAUAUUCGUCAGGCGAAAGAGCUGCAAGAGACUAUAGAACAACGCUUACGGAUUGAGGAAGAAGAAACAAAGUUGAAACGUAGUAUCGAAGGUUUGAAACAUGAGAUGAGAACUUUGGAAGAGAAACAUGAUUUUAUCAAGUACUUAGAAAAGAAUGGUUUUGAGUAUUGGAAUGCGAAGAAACGUGGUAUUAAACAAGGCCACAGUGAAGAUGUCAUUCAGAAGACAUUAAUUCAAGAUAUUCGACAGCAACGUAUCUUGUGCUCCGAUGACACUUUAAAUGCGGCGAGUCGACCACAAUUCAAAGAAAUUCUUUCACAAAUGCUUAAUGAACAAGGAAUUGAUGCUGAUGACGAUAAUAGUGAUUUUCUACUACGAAAAAUAAAAAGUUUAUGUGCAGAAGCUACUAAUGAAGAUACUGAAGAUUAUUCAUGUUCUUAUUGGCACGGUUGUGUACGUCGACAAGGUUAUCUUUAUUUAUCUGUAAAUUAUCUAUAUUUUCAUUCGGAUUUAUUCGGCAAAGAAAUAACUAUAUUAAUUAAAUUUGCAGAUAUUAUUGUAAAUAUUGCUACACUUGAACGUACACAUAAUCUUGUAUCGGAAAUAAAACAUGUAUGUACUCGUUUACAUGGACAUAAUUUUGAAAUGUUUAGAAAAAUUGAAGAAACAUUUCAAAUAAUGGAACAAAUAGCGAAUUUUGCUGCAAAAAAAGUAAACUUUGUUUACUGA